AUGAUUAUACGUAUUGAACGUGACUAUUCCAUCUCUGGCGAUAUUUAUCCACAAUUUUGUACAUCGUACGUGUCUGCACUUGAGCCGUACGUGCCACCGACUGAAUGGCACACAUUUGUUGUCACUUUGAACGAUCAUUUACGUGUCGCCUUUUGCCCUUGGACCUUUCAAAACGUAAUGGAUGGAUUUCUGGCUGUCUUUACAUUGUAUCUCUCUGAGUUUCUUCUUGGAAGUUUUCACCGGAAACGUGUCGCUGCGUUAGAAUUGUUUGUACAGGAGUUUGCAAGUGCACACGGCAUGAAAGCCGCUAGUCUUCGAAAUAUGGCUUUUCUGUGUCUAUGUUUCCACGUUACUGAUGCUGAAAGCAUUCGGGUAUCUCGACAGAACCAGCUUUCUGUCUCUGUUUCUCCGACCCUUUCUCAGACGCCCAGCACACCGCUCUCUGUAGCCACCACGAGUUUCUCUGACAGUACACAAGUAUCCCGAAUACCACAAUGA